ACAAUUUUAAACCUAAAGAGCGCCAUUUGUUUUCGAACAAGUAGCCUGCUGCUACUACUCUAUUAAAUUAAAUAAACGUACUUUUAUAGGCAACAUGGACGACGUUUUAAAGACACGACUAUCUAUGAAUAGUUUCAACUACAAAAGCUCAAUGGAACGAAUCAUAGACAAGUAUUCAAAGCUUCAGUACCAAGAUGGAGGAGUGGAGGUGGACCUCAACAGCACAACAACACAAACUCUUGAACGCUACAUGAUUCUGUCGAAAGCAGAGAUCAGCAAACUGGAAUCAAAGAGCCUGACAGAUUUAAGAGAGGAGUCAAUAAGAGCCCAGGACGUUACAAGAGACUCUCAGUUGGACUUCUCGUAUCAAGAUGGCGGAGCUGAUCACACUUGUGUUUCCACCACACAGUUGUCUGAACAGGACGACGGGAUGUCUACAAACGACUCGACCGGCCUCACCGUGAGCUCAUUGGAUGAGAGUCAGAGGAACGUCUCUGAGACGGAGGUCCAGCCUGAGGACGGAGACAAGGUGCUGGAGAUGAGCCUGAGGAGUCACAGCAGCUCUCUGUUGGAGCUCUACCCCGACAUGAUCAGCCGGAUAGGACGGGCGUGGCGUCGGCAGAAUGUCUCAGAGGCCGCCGACUCGGUGCUGAGGAGGUACCGCCGAUGGCGACGGCAGUCGGGUAGAAGCAACCUCGGCAACACCUUCGUCGUCACGCUGAGACACGCCGGCAGAAAUCCAGAAAAGGAAACCAGCCAGACGCUGUUAGAGGAGAGCAGAAACAGCUCCGUGAAACGGCAGUUCAUGGGGACUGAGACUACAUCUCGGUCUCCGUUGAGGACGGGGAACAACGUGCAGCAGCAGUCUCCUCGGAGGACGCGUAGGGAGCAGCACCAGCCGGUCCUCGUGAUGGACUUAUCCGGUCCCUCUGACACCUUCAUGACAAGUGAGAGCUCGCUGAACGAGACCUUCACGGUGUCUGAAGCGUCCCGGCUGGGAGAGCAGCCCUCCACAUGCACCUUCAGUCCCUCGCGACCCUGCCAUCCCGCCACGAAAGGACCCAUAGACCUGUCUCUCAGGUCCAGGAGGCUUUCGCUCAACGCACACUCGCUGCAGGCUGAUCGCUGCUCCACGUAUGCAUCGGAAAACGUCAGAGAAAGACCAGACAUCUACGGCUCCCCGGUCAGGCAGAGUCCCUCACAUGCAAGGAUGAUGACCAGCCUCAGUAGAUCUCCUCAUGGCUUCUCCAGAAGCCCGAGAACGUAUUCUGGGGAAAGCUUUUCCAGAGAGCCUUCGAAGCCCAGAUUGAUCUCCACCCCUCCACAGAAGCCAUCUGUGCCACUGAGGAUGCUUCACCCUCAAGACUCGCAUCACUCCCUCCACCCACAGCUGCGUUCGCCUCAGUCGGCAGCAGCAGCAGCCGAAGGUCGCCACGGGCUCCGGCGGCACCUUUCCUUUGACUCCUCCCUGCCGUCGUUCCGUGUCUCGUACUCUCCGAAGAAGCUCGACGAGGACUUUCUGAAGCUCUACCACAAGUUUGUGUGCCAGAGCAAAUCCUCUUUCUUCAACGGGCUCCACUGCCGCCUCUGUGCUAAAAGCUCUGAGGCCAGCAGAGUCCUGUCUUCUUCUUCCUCGGCCCUGGCAGCUCUCGCCCUGUCGCCCCACCGCUCCCUCCUGAGGAAACGCCACAGGGAGCUGGACUGGGACGGCCACCCGCAGUCCAAACGCUACAGAGACGAGCGCUGCCCGUCCUCACCGGGGUCCAAACGCCAUGGCAAAGAGAUGCUGAGGCGCUGUCGCUCUCCGUCUGAGUACGGCCUCUCCUACAGCUCCAGGAAACCCAGCAUGUUGCAAAGACUCAGCGCGCAGCAGCGCUCAGCAGAUGCAAAUCAGGAAACCUGGAUGAGUCGGAGAAGCCACGUGUCUGCUGCUGAUUUUUCUGGAAUGGGAAGUUCACUGGAGAGCAGAAGAUUCUCCCCGAGAAAAUGGUGAAGAGGGAUUUCAUCUGCGUGUCCACAGAAGGAAAACUAACGCCAGUGAGAAGCUUCUUCUCUCAGCGGUCCAUCCUAAUGUUUUUAUCUCUUACUGUGUCAACACCAUUUGUUUGGUUCAUUCUCUUGUAUAUUUUCUAGCUUAAACCUUUUUACUCUUUGUGCGAUGGUGCAUCAUUAUCUACGUACAUACUGCCUCGUAAUUUUAAUUUUAUCUGUUUAUUAUAAUAAUAAAAAUGACUGUCAAAAUGCAG